ACAACAUUCAGAAUGGAACCGUUUGCAAUUCUAACAAAUAUCAUCAAACCUGAAUACUUGAAUUACUAUAGAGAUUGGAUAUAUAUAGCAAGUGAAAAGGAAGCCAGGGGACUUUAAUUGAUUGGUGCGAUUUAUAAACAUAAAGGAAGAAAACUAUUUAGGUUUAAUUUCUCAUUUUAUAAUAGAGCUAAGCCUCCCACAGUACAAUUACAAGAACUUACUGAUCAAUAGGAGUUAGAGUAAUAAUUUUGAAUGAUUAUUUAACAGUUUUAAGAAAGCAGAAGAAAUGCAUAGGAAAAAUUAAACUUCUACAACUUAUGGCACAGAAUUCGGAUACUUACAAAAAUUAUUGAAGCCAUAAAAUAAUGUGUUCAAAUUCAAGAAAUGCUCAGAACUUGAAUUUGCCUAACCAUUGAAUGACUUAGCUAAAUUGUUUUUAGAUAAUUGGAUUGAGAUGAAUGAUGAAUUAGAGUUUUAAGAAUUAGUUUUGAAUUGUUUAAGAGCUCUCUUCAGCAGAUUUAAAGCAUAAUUAGUGCCAAAAACAGAAAUGAAGUUAUUUUAUCAUCAUUAUUUAGAGUAAAAUAUGAAUACAAGCCAGACUGGAAACUUUCAAACCCUAUCAGAGUAGAUAAGGCAGGAACAGAUAUCAAGUAAUUAAUUUGACCUAACAUAUCUAGUGCGUACAAAACUAAUUAUAAUGCCAUUUUCAAAUAGAGACUUAAGUAGGAAUAGAUCAAAUAAAAAAUAGCAGAACUGGAUGGAACCGAUUUUGCUAAAGCCUUAACAAUACACAAAUCAUUCAAAAUCAAUUGA